GCCAGCAGCAAGUGUCCAGCUAUCGAGCCAGCGCAGAAAGUGUCCAGCUAUCGAGCCAGCGCAGAAAGUGUCCAGCUAUCGAGCCAGCGCAGAAAGUGUCCAGCUAUCGAGCCAGCGCAGAAAGUGUCCAGGUGGCGGGCCAGCGCAGAAAGUGUCCAGGUGGCGGGCCAGCGCAGAAAGUGUCCAGGUGGCGGGCCAGCGCAGUGUGUGUCCAGGUGGCGGGCCAGCACAGUGUGUGUCCAGGUGGCGAGCCAGCGCAGUGUGUCCAGGUGGCGGGCCAGCACAGUGUGUGUCCAGCUAGCGAGCCAGCUAGUGAGCCAGCAGGACCACGCCGCACGUAGCCGCCGACAUGACGGAUGGAGCGAAAGUUUUCAAGAAAUCCUCUCCCAAUGGAAAGAUCACGGCAUAUCUCACCCGACGGGACUUCGUAGACGACCUCACUCGCACUUGGCCCGUGGAGGGCGUGGUAGUGGUGGACCAUGAGUACCUCCGAGGAAGGAAAGUCUUCGUCAGAGUCUCCAUCUCUUACCGUUAUGGCCGCGAAGAGGAUGAAGUCAUGGGUCUCAACUUCAGCAAGGAGUUUGUGUUGACCAAGUGCGAGGUGAUGCUGAAGAGGGUAGAGGAGAGGAAGGCAGGGGGUACUGUAGCUCGGCUUCUGGAAAAGUUAGGGGCGGAGGCGUGUCCUUUUGCCAUCCUGCUUCCUGAAAAUGCGCCACCAUCGGUUACCUUAGAACCAGGAGCUGAGGGCACGAAAAAGAAGCUCGGAGUCAUCUACGAACUGAUGUUGUACGUUGCCGAGAACGUCGAUGAAGAACCCCACAAGCGAAACUCGGUCAGCUUCGCUGUCCGCAAGAUUCAGCUCGCGCCCAAGAAAUCCAGCGGCCGUCAUCCGCAGAUUCUGGUAAGCAGAGGCUUCACGCUAAACCCCGGCAAGCUGCACUUGGAGGUGUGUCUUGACCGUGACCUGUACUUCUACGGAGAAUCCUUAGAGCCACAAGUCAACAUCAGCAACUUCUCCAAGAAGACUGUGAAGUACAUCGUGGCCCAGGUGGUGCAGCACGUUGAGGUCACCGUCACCAACACACAUUUCAGCCGCAUCGUAGCAUCCAUAGAAUCCCGCGAGGGAUGUCCUAUUAUCCCAGACUCCAGCUUCUCCAGGACUAUUGGCCUAACACCCUUAGCCUUCAGAGCCUUCGGCGUUGCCCUUGAUGGUCAGCUUCAGGACAAGGACGCCGGACUGGCCGCUUCUACAGUGGUCUCGGCCAGGAUGAGUGCCAGCGAUGCUCUGGGUAUUGUAGUGUCGUACUCCCUGCGUGUUAAGCUCAACUGUGGCUCCCUGAGUGGGGAGCUGAUGGCUGAAGUUCCCUUUAAACUUAUGCACCCGGACCCCAUCGACAGCGGUGAUUUCACUGAUAUAUCUCGCUCCGUGGACAGUCUCGAGUUUGAAGAUUUCAGUGUUUUACGACGCGGUAAAUCUGUAUCGGAUGAAAUAGAAUGCUGAUCAAGUAACACUGCAUAAUUUUCACAUUUUAUUCAUUUCCAUCCCGGGUAUGCUAAGAAAGAAAUGAAAGGACGAGUCUUUGGUUUAACAUAGAGUUUUGGUUUAUUUAGGGUUUUGUGUCGAUAAGCAAGUCCAGUGAACAAGCGUAGGUUUGUGAGGCUUACUGAAGUUCGUAUUUUUUAUGGCUUCUAAUAUUAAAACUAUUAAAGAUCUGUUUGCAAGGUUAUUCCCUUUCCUGCCCUCACUGCCCUCUCUUCUCCCUGUCUUCCUACUGGUAUCUCUCCCUCUCUCUUGGUCUCCUUGCUCUCUCUUCUCCCUGCCCUCCUACAGGUAUCCCUCUUUCCUUCUUGGUCUCCCUGCCCUCCUACUGGUAUCCCUCCUUCCCUAAUGGUCUCCCUGCUCUCCCUCCUGGUAUCUCUCCUCUCUCUCUCUUCUUUCCACAAGAUAAACAGAUUAUGUAAUAUUUUUUCUAAUACUUAAUAUUACACCAAAAAUUAAGCUUAUAAACUCA